AUGGACUCGACCAAGGAUAUUCUAGCACAGUCGGAGCAGUCAAUAAAUGAUCUAAUUUCAACUUCAGACAACAUACAUCAAACCACGACAGAAACACCUUCAAACUCAGGAAAUCAUGCAAUCAACUCUAUCAAUUCCAACGUAAACAACAAACUCACAGCGGAUCCUCCAAGGGAAAGAAAGGUGUUGAGCCUAAUCGCGGAUCCAAUUUCGUACUACGAAAUGGGGCAGCGGGGUGCAUUUGGAAGGGAAGGAAAAUUUGGACCUGGUGGGAUCACAGUUCCGAGGAGAACGAUGUCGUUAACUUAUACGAAGCGAAAUUCAAAUAGCGUUGAUUCCAAUCCUGUAACAUUCACCAGUGAACUUACCCGUGGUUUAACCAAAGAAAAACAAGCGAAUACGGCUGAUGUGUUCCAAGGAUCUCCAACCGAUGGUGGAGCUGAUAGAAACUAUCAACCCUCGACAAGUCUUUAUUCGUCUAUCGGCAAAAAUUUCGAUGAGAUAUCUCAAAACUCUUCUUCUUCGUUACAACCAAUUCAUGAGAAAGCAAUGUCAGAUGCUUUCGAAGUGAAAAACUCUCAUCAUAACCGGGCACAUUCUUACACACCUGGCGCCGGUGAUUUGUCGAUUCCCCUGGAAAUUCCCAGGCGUCCGACAUCAUCAGGUCCACAAUUUUUCGAAGGACAGGCCUCCACUCCUGCUAGCGAAGAUCUGGCGAAUAACGGAGACCAUUGGCAAGACUUCUUGGAAGGUUAUGCUCAGGGAAAAUUUGAUCCGGUGUCGAUUCCAAAAAAACCACGACGAUCGUCAGGAAAAAAAUCUAGAGAUGGCAGUUGUAGAUGUAGCGUACCAGUUUCGCCACUUUCUGAAUGCGAUAGUUGCAGUAAUGUGGUGAUCAGUAUGUCUUUGACACAAGCUGUCCUUAAGGAGGAAGAAGAAUCCUUGUCAGAAUCGGAGACGACUACUGAUAACGGUGAUGGUGAUGAUCGUGACGCUGAAGAAGGUUUGGGUUACUCGGAGACUUCGCGAGAAGUUAGUUUUUGUGGUCACGCCAUCUUACAAAAAGAUGGUGAACCACUUGUGGUUUGUGAUGCACUGAAGGACUGGCGAUUUAAGAAAAACCCUCUUGUCACCAAUUCACCUUUUGUCAGAUUUUAUGCCGGUGCUCCUUUGCGAACUAAAGAUGGUCAUAAUGUUGGCACCUUGUGUUUGAUAGACAGUAAGCCAAGAUGUGAUUUUAGCGAAUCGGACCGUAAGCAAUUACGAGAUUUUGCCAUGGUGGUCAUGCGAGAAUUGGAACUUUGGGCCGAUCGGUUAAGGUUGGGAGUGAGGAAUAAGAUGCAGAAGAGUAUCGCCGAGUUCAGCAAGUUCUGCCUCGAAACUCAAUUGGCACACGAGAAUAACGCUUCAAAGAGAAAGGAAUCAGCGUGGGUCGGUGGUCGCAGUUCCGAUUGCGAUCCGGUCAUGCAGCAAUAUUUUGAUAAGGCGGUGACACUGAUCCGCGAAACGUUGGAUGUCGACAUCAUAUAUAUCCUUGAAAUGCCUGCCUUGUCCUCACGACCGAUCACCUCUACUACCAGUCGACCAUCAAACAACGAUUUCCUACUGAAUAAUUCACCUCCGGAACCCCCCACCAAACGUCUAAAGUUUUUAGCAUCAUCCGGACUCACGAUUUCUCCGGAUGCGAUCAACACACCCAACACAACUUCAUUUUUAACGCACCUGAUGCAAACAUACUCCCAAGGUUACAUAUUUCAAAACGCCCUUCCUCCUAUACCGACACUUUUCCCCUGUGACAUGCACUCGGGCAUAGUGGUUCCCAUAUAUGAUAACUCACGAAACGCCUUUGGAUUUCUCAUUGCGCUCACCAAAGAUCUCGUCCGACAGUUCGAAGAAGAGGAGCGCGUGUAUCUGGGAAAUUUCGGAGUGAAUGUGGUCAGUGAAGUGUUGAAGAGGCGUGUCAUUGUGGCCGAUCGGGCGAAAGGUGCAUUCAUCAGCUCGAUGUCACACGAAUUGAGAACACCCUUACACGGGAUACUGGCCAGUUGUGAAUUGAUGGCGGAAAACCCUAUGAACGAGACACAAUUAGAAUUACUCAAGACCAUUCAGAGGUGUGGCGCUAGUCUAAUCUCAAUACUCAAUAAUGUCUUGGACUACGUGAAAUUAGAGAGUUCACAGGAACUGAACACCGCUUUACGCUACUCGAAAUUAUCAUCACCACCUCAGGAUGGUGAUGUCGAAGACGCUGUGAAUUCGUCAGAACAACAAAGUGAUCCCUCACAUCACCGGCACAUCCGAACCGACCAUGCCAGGCCAAAAGAAAAAAUAAAUCUAGUUAAGAUUUUGGAGGAGGUUGCGGAAUCAUGUGUUGUCGGACAACAAAUGGCUUCAACCAUUUACGGAAAAGGCGAUCGACGGUUUGACGUUGAAGAAAUUUCAGUCACGUCCGGACAGGUGAGGAAGCAACGAGUUUGUGAAUUGUUGGGUCCGAAUCGCAAGCUGGCGAUCGAUCAAAAUGUUGAGGUGAUCAUUGAUUGCGAAUACAGAGAAAGAGGGUGGUGGGUGAUGUCCAAAGACGGUGCUGUGAGGCAAAUGCUUAUGAAUAUUGUCGGAAAUGCUCUUAAAUUUACGGAGAAUGGUUAUGUUCAACUCUCGCUUGCAAGCGUACCAUCCUCUUACCAUACGACGGUGACAUCAAAUGGAGAAUCGGAACGAUUACACGUUCUUUUUACAAUAACUGACACCGGUUGUGGCAUUGACUCAGAUUUUCUCACUACUCAUCUAUUUGAGCCUUUCGCGCAAGAAGAUUCCCUUCAGGUGGGAACGGGUCUGGGGUUGAGUAUCGUGAAGUUGUUGGUUGAGAAGAUGGGGGGAAGAUUGGAUGUUGAGAGUGAAGUAAACGUUGGUACGAGGGUAAAAAUUUGGUUGAACUUUGAAGAAGCUAGUCGUGCCGACAACUCAGAGAGCGAAGAGGAGGAGGAGGUUAGUGCGAGGGAAAUUAGAGAAAAGGAACGAAAGUCCGUAUUGCAGAAAUUCAGUGGAAAGACGGUUGUCUUCAGGAACGUUGACGGAAAACUUCGGGAGGCCACCGAACGACUUCAGAGGGAUUGGUUUGGUGUUAGAAAUAUCAUUUUUGGAGAGGAGUCCAGUGUUAUUGAUGGUGAUUUUAUAGUGAUAAAUAAUGAUCUGGACGCUUUGAAGGAAUUGUUGAUAAGCGACAGCGGUAAGGAACAUAAACAGAAAUCCUCGUGGUUUGAGGCAUCAUUCACUCGCGAAGAAAAAGACAAUUCCAAGUCACCAAUCGCCUUUUGCACCACUUUGGCAAAUCACGGUAGAGUCAGCGAGGCUAUUGAAAGAAUACAAAAUGAGAUUGAAAUGAGCGAGCUGACCAGGCAAAAAAAGCUGGAUAAAAGCAGAAAAGAUGGUCGACGUAAAGUGGUAGUACUUUCGAAACCGAUUGGCCCUCACAAGAUGGAGGCAGCAAUACUGGCAUGUUUCAGUCCAAAGGAAGAUGUUGGAGCUAAUGUGUCAACAUCUCCACAUGACGAAAUUCAUCAUUACCACGAUAAUGGGUCAUCAGAGGACACGCAGUCUCCUCUCGAAACGCCUAUACUCGAACGGACGGAUCCAUUUGACAAUUAUUCACAAUUUCGGACCAUACCUUUAAUUCGUUCCAGCACCAUGCCACACACACCAUCGUCCUCGUCUCCACCUUUCGCCGAAAAAUUUUUGCCCAUACCAGAUUCGCGAUCGCGAGGUUCCCUGACGUCACUUUCGUCGACGUCGGUACCCGAGAUAAAUGCAUUCCCGUCACCGUCCAUACCACCAAAAGUGGAUCCUCGCAGACCGAGAGUACUUGUGGUUGAGGAUAACGCGGUGAAUAGAAAGAUACUGUCGAGCUUCUUGAGAAAACGCGGUAUUGACUUUGAAGAGGCCGAGAAUGGGGCUAUCGGCGUGGAGAAGUAUCGUAAAGCCCUGGAACAGGAAGAUAUCGAGAUCGAUCUGAACAAAGGUUUCGAUAUAGUGUUCAUGGACAUUCAAAUGCCAGUGAUGAACGGAAAUGUAGCAACAUCCGAAAUUCGUAGGAUAGAGAAAGAAUACAGUGAACGAAAGGAGAGGUUGAAAAGGAAAGAGACUGUGAUAAGGAAAUUCAAGAUAAUCCCUGCUACCACAUCAUUUUUGUUAACUUCGUUGUCUUCCACGAGAUUUUCACCAUCAUUCGUAAACGUCACCAAUGACAACAACGCGGCCGAUUUCGACACUAUAAAACCGAUGCAAAAUCGGUGCUUAAUAUUUGCGCUCACCGGUUUAGCUAGUGAUGAGGAUAAAGAUAUUGCAUUUGAGAGUGGGGUUGAUGAAUUCUUGACCAAGCCUGUCAGCUUAAAAACUCUGGACCGAGUGAUUAAGAGGUGGCAUGAUCGCGAGGAAUUUAACGCGCAAGUGCCCAUCGUUGCAUUAUCACCAUCUUCUAACAAAGAUAAAACGGAAAAUGGGCAACAAACAAUGGAUGAUGGCGAAAAAAGGGAUGCACAAGAACAGGAAGAAUUCCGAAAGAGAGGCAUAGUAAGUAUGUGCGACUGUUAG